UCUCUCUUUCCCUUGUGUGCAGGAGAUGGGAAGGGUUGAAUCCCCCCCCAACUCCUGCACAUUUUCAAACCCUCACUCUCGCUAACCCUCCACUCUCUGUGCCUCUUCUCACUUUGUCACACACACUCUCGAGCUGCAGCAGCAGCAGCAAGCAGGAGACUCAAAGACGAGCCAGCCUCCAUAGCAAAAGCACAGAGCCGCAAUGUGCCGGUUAGCGGGAGCCGAUACCGCCGGGGGAGACGAGGAGGCUGGAUAGAAGGGGAAAGGCAGAGGAGAAGAUAAUGGAUUUUGCAUGUUCUAAUUAAAUGUCUCUCCCUCUCCAUCUACAUCAUGCUGUACUUCCAGCUGGUGAUCAUGGCCGGGACCGUCAUGCUGGCCUACUAUUUCGAGUACACGGACACUUUCACAGUGCACGUCCAGGGUUUCUUCUGCUAUGACACCACCUACACCAAACCCUACCUGGGGCCGGAGGACAGCAGUGCCGUCCCACCCAUCCUGCUGUAUGCUGCGGUGGCUGGGCUGCCCACCCUGCUGAUCACAAUAACGGAAACAAUGCUGUUCUUGCUGCAGUACAUGUCCAAAGAGUUUGAUCGUACAGAGAACACAGUGGCCACCGGGGACUGCUGUUACCUCAACCCACUGGUGCGCAGGACCUUUCGGUUCCUCGGGGUCUACACCUUCGGCCUCUUCACUGUUGACAUCUUUGUCAAUGCAGGUCAGGUAGUGACAGGAAACUUGGCGCCAUACUUCCUCACAGUCUGUAAGCCAAAUUACACAGCGCUAGGUUGCCAGCAGGCGCUGCGCUACAUCAGCCACCAGGAGGCCUGCACAGGGAACCAAGACGAUGUCCUGCGUGCACGCAAAACCUUCCCAUCCAAGGAGGCUGCACUCAGUGUCUACGCUGCACUCUAUCUAGCAAUGUAUGUGACAUACACAGUACAUGCAAAGGGGACUCGCCUGGCCAAGCCUGUGUUGUCACUUGGGCUUGUGUGCCUGGCCUUCCUCACGGGUCUCAACCGUGUGGCAGAAUACCGGAACCACUGGUCAGACAUCAUCGCAGGUUUUAUCAUUGGUACUGCCAUCGCUACUUUCCUGGUGGUUUGUGUGGUCCAUAACUUCAAAGGGAAGUUACUGCUGAAUGAGGAGUCACCAGCGGAGCAGCGAGCUAACACCACGGGCCAAACACAGAGCCCUCUGGAGAAAUACAUCGCCUCACAGGAGACGGAUGAUGAAGCCGAAGAGUCGAGUUGCAUAAGUGAUUGGCUCCUGGAUUUCUGCCACUGCUUCCAGGGCCUUGGAUGGUUCCAGCAUCUCAGGAACAAAAGAAUCACAUCACCUUCGCUGAAGUCACAUGACGUGGAGCCGGCUGUGUGGCAAACCCACUGGACGUCCACACUCUUCACCAUCCAAUCCAGUUAGCCGCAGUGCAGCGUUAAACCCAUUCUGUCUGUGUGUGGUCUGUGGUAUGUUGUUCAGUGUUGUCUUUUGAGGCCCAAUUGUCAUAUGCAGCCUCUUGAACCACAAACAAACCAUUUUUUUUUAAUAUGGGACUGAUACUGUGGAAUCUGCUUUCUACAUCUAUGCACUUACUCUGAAUAAUCUUAUGACAUUUGCCUCCCAAAUGAACUUCGUUUCAAGACUAAGUCCAAAUCAGAUUUCGGUUGACGAGAAGGUGAAGAACUGACAUGGAGCAUCUGUACUCUGCUUUGUCUGGUGUUAGUUUGUAUGUGAUACACAUUCGUUGAAGAAGAUGGACGACUUUCUCUGGUGUGCAGUUGAAAUAGAUAUUUACAUUUCACAUGAGUCUCAUCAAUGUCAUUACAUUUAGAUCAGUGGUUGCCAACUGGUGGGUCACAGCCCAAAGGUUGUCCUGCUCACCUUGACCCGAA